UUCUUCUUCAAAAACGACAACAUACUCUGAAGGAAGGAGAUGAGUGGCAGCACCACAGUGGCGGUAGCGGCAGCGGCGGCUGGCAGUGGUAUAUCUGGUUACCGGCCGCCGUUCACGCCGGUGCAGUGGCAGGAGCUGGAACAUCAAGCUCUGAUAUACAAGUAUUUGGUGGCAGGGGUGCCUGUACCCUAUGAUCUUGUUGUUCCGAUUAGAAGGAGCCUGGAAGCUUUAUCUGCUAGUUUCUUUAAUCAUCCUACCUCAUUGGGCUAUUGUUCGUAUUACGGGAAGAAAUUUGACCCAGAGCCAGGGAGGUGUCGGAGGACAGACGGGAAGAAGUGGAGAUGCUCGAAAGAUGCCUAUCCUGACUCCAAAUACUGUGAGCGCCACAUGCAUCGUGGCCGCAACCGUUCAAGAAAGCCUGUGGAAUCUCAAUCUGCUUCUCAGUCAUUGUCAACUGCAGUUUCGCUAGUCACUACUGUGAGCAGUACUGGUAGUGGUAAUAGAAGCUACCAAGGUCUUGGCAGUGGAAGCUUCCAAAACUCACAUUUGUAUCCCACUGCCAGUUCAGGGAGUUUUGAUUUUGGAGGCAAUGUAUCAAAGUUGCAGAUGAAUGCUAAUACCUAUGGAAUCAACAACAGUUUUAGGUACAAUCAAGGACUAACCGCUGAUGUGGAUGAUCGAAAUUACUCUUCUGGAGCUUCAGCAAGUGCAAGAGGGGGUCUAGGCAUGGAAUCUAAUGCGGACAGUAGUACAUGGCGUCUGGUGCCUAAUCAAGUUCCCACGACCUCCUUGAUGGAAUCAAGAAAUGACUCUUAUCUACAUACCAAAUCCCCACAACUAACCAUGGUCAACGCUUUUGAGCCUGUGAUCGAUGCUACGACAAUGUCAAAGCCAAGUCAACAACAUUGCUUGUUUGGAAGCAAGAUUGGGUCACCGGUUGAAGUGAAGCACGAGCAACACUCGAUGCGCCCAUUCUUUGAUGAGUGGCCAGAAGCCAGGGAACCGUGGUCCAGUCUUGAUCCUGAUAGCAAGAACUCGUUCUCAACAACUCAGUUAUCCAUCUCAACGGCACCUGAAUACACUGCCCGAAGUGACUGCACCCCAAAUGAUGGUUAACAAAUGGGUGGUUGGUAUGAUGAAGAAAGCUUGUGGGAAAGAUGGAAGUUUUUUAUGUUUAUUAUGUGUAUUUGAUUAUGUUGUAUGAUCUUGGAUUACAGUACAACAUGUUAAAUGUAAGUUUGGAAUGUUGACUUUUGUGGUGUGCAGGUCAACGUAGAUGUUGCAUCCCCCAGUUCAAGUAUAUGCUUGUUUAAUCAAACUCUUUCUGGAAUAAAUGUUGAUCCCUUUUGAAUUGUACAUU